AUGGUGUCGUUUGGUGCUGCAGCUUCUAAUCCACUGGACGCGGAAACCACGCCACAAUGGGACAUCUUCAAGCUGCAGCGUAAGAUCCUGCUCAUCUUUGGACUCUGGCCAGCGGAUCGGUUGGUGCGCCCGUGGUAUGUGAAGGUGCUGAUUGCCAUCAAUCUGGCAACGCUUGCCAUCUGCAUGGUGGGUGAGUUUCUGCACGGACUGUACGCUUACCAGGAGGGCGACCUGAGCGAAUCGAUCGAAAGCAUCUGCCCAACGGUGGCGCGAAUAUCGGGCUUUCUACGGAUGGUGUUUUAUCUUGCUAAUGAGGAGAAAAUCCACCGCGUGCUGAACAACAUCCGCCAGACGCUGCAAGACGAGCAUCCGCGGGAGCACACCAUCACCAAACACCUGAGAACGCUGGGGCAACAGUUUACCUUCUACCUAUUCCUGAUGAUGUUUUUUGCCGCCUGUCUCUACGGCAUUACACCCUUUAUCAUUAUGAUCUACAAUUGGGUCCAGGGACAGAGGCCGCUCGUCAAGCUUCUGCCAUUCAAGUUGGCCUUGCCCUAUGACUCCCAGCACCUUUUUCACUUUGUCGUAACAACACUAUUCCUGAACUACGCCUCAGCACCCACCAUAACCUCGCAGUCGGGCAGCGAUCCACUCUUCAGUGGGGUUUGCCUCUACAUUUACGGUCAGUUUCAAGCGAUCCGGCUGGAGAUGGAAGCACUCGCCGAAACGGUAGACGGGAGCACGCUGAAAAGCUCCGCUGCCGAAACGCAUCGCAUCAAUCUCGAGCUGAGGCGCAUCAGUAAGCGCCAUCAGGCAAUCAUUGACCUUGUGUCGGAGGUGCGGUCCGCCUUUACGCCGAAUGUGCUGCUCGUCUACACGGCCACCGCGAUCAUCAUGUGCAUCGUGUGCAUUGCCAUGCUUGUGGUGGAAGGAAUCUACAAGCUCACCUACCUGCCGUACGCGUUUGCCGAGCUGACGUUACUGUUUCUCUACUCGUACAGCGGCACAAUCAUCCGCGAUUCGAGUGAAGCCGUGCAGACGGUGGCGUACGAUUUCCCGUGGUACCGAUACGACCGCAACACUCGCCAUCUUAUACAGAUGAUGAUGAUUAGGGCGCAGUACGGAUCGAACGUUGAUGUGCCUUUCUUCGAAACCUCGAUGGCAAGCUUUUCGGCGAUCGUUCGUACAGCUUCAUCGUACAUCACACUGAUGAAGUCCUUUUUGUAA